AUGGCUCCGCAAUUGGAUCCCUAUUUCAAGAAGGUGGACGAAUUGUCCGAGUCCUUCAUUGACCGUCUUCGAAAGGCUGUCGCUAUACCCUCAGUAUCAGCCGAAGAUGAGCGUCGCCCUGAGGUCGUUCGAAUGGGCCAAUUCCUGGCGGAUGAACUGAAGAAACUGGGAGCAGAAGUUGAGCAACGUCCUCUGGGCAAGCAGCCACACAAGGAGCAUCUCGAUCUACCACCCGUAGUAGUCGCUCGCUAUGGCAACGAUAAGAACAAGCGCACAAUCCUGGUCUAUGGCCACUAUGACGUUCAGCCCGCUCAGAUCGAGGAUGGAUGGGCAACCAAACCUUUCGAGUUGACCAUUGACGAUAAGGACCGCAUGUUUGGUCGAGGCUCGACAGACGACAAAGGACCUGUCCUUGGCUGGCUAAAUGCGAUUGAAGCUCACCAGAAGGCCGGUAUCGACUUUCCAGUCAAUCUCCUCUGCUGCUUCGAGGGCAUGGAAGAGUACGGCUCCGAAGGUUUGGACGAUUUCAUCAAUGCCGAGGCCAAAAAGUACUUCAAAGACGCCGAUGCUGUCUGCAUAAGUGACAACUAUUGGCUAGGUACUGAGAAACCCUGUUUGACAUAUGGUCUCCGUGGCUGCAAUUACUACAGUAUCGAAGUAUCAGGUCCUGGCCAGGACUUGCAUUCAGGUGUCUUUGGCGGUACUGCCCAGGAGCCCAUGACCGAUCUCAUCAACGUCAUGUCCAAGCUUGUUGACAACCAGGGUAAGAUCCUGAUCCCUGGCAUCAACGAAAUGGUGGCCCCAGUCACGGAGGAAGAGAAGAAGCUCUAUGGACCCAUCGCCUACACGAUGGACAAUCUCUAUGAGUCUCUCGGCUCCAAAACUGGAAUCUUCGACAACAAGGAGCAAACUCUGAUGGCUCGCUGGCGAUAUCCGUCACUGUCUCUUCACGGUGUCGAGGGCGCGUUCUCCGCACCGGGCGCAAAGACCGUCAUUCCUGCCAAGGUCACUGGCAAGUUCUCCAUUCGCACCGUACCCGACAUGAAACCUGAAGCUGUCACCGAGGCCGUCUAUAAGUACGUGAAGGACGAGUUCGCCAAACUCAACUCGAAGAACAAGCUCAAUGUAUACCUGCAGCACGAUGGUAAGUGGUGGGUCGCAUCGCCUUCGCACUGGAAUUUCAGUGCUGCCGCCAAGGCUGUCAAGCAGGUCUUUGGCACUGAUCCGGACUAUACCCGCGAGGGCGGCAGCAUCCCAGUCACGCUUACCUUUGAAGAAGCAACCGGGAAGAACGUGCUUCUUCUGCCAAUGGGCAGCAGCACCGAUGGCGCUCACAGCAUCAACGAGAAGCUGGACAGAAGAAACUACAUUGAAGGGACGAAGCUGCUUGGAGCAUACCUCCACUACGUCGCCGAAGAAAAGAUGACCUAG